ACGCGGCUGUUCCAGUGUACCCUACGACGUAAAGCUUCGGCACGAUGCAUGCAGCACUGGUGUACGUGUGCAUUGUUGGUGCACUGUUAGUGGUGGGUGGAGUUGGCAGUGAGGCGACAGCCCAGCAACAGAACAAACCACCGGAUCUGAACGUGACUGUGGCGAAGGUGAUUGACGCAAUGGCGGUGGAGGACGGUGGAAAGAAUGGCAUGGUCGGAGUGCCACUGCUGGUGGAGCAUCAUGCCGAUCGGGGGCAGCGGAUAGUGGCACGGAAAGGAGUCAUCAAUGAUGUGGCAAGUGUGGUAAGAGGGUCCGUCACGGACCAGCAAACCAUACCAGCUAGUGACGGGUCCAGCGUACCCAUCAACCCCAGUAACAGCACGACGAACAGUGAAUCAGCCACGCAGUCAAACGUAACUACCACCACCACCACCACGACCUCGAUGGUGUCGAGUGCAUCGAACGGUGGUUCCACCAUACCCACAAUCAGUGCAAACGCAUCCUCAACCACGGCGAGCUCAGCGAAACCGCAGCCGACACCAACACAAUCAAAACCACCCAGCAGUACCAACGCAACAACGACCCACGGGACAUCCGGUACGAGCGGUAGUAACAGCACUACCAGCAGUACUACCACAUCUACUACCAGCACAACACCGUCAACAACUACGACGACAACGACAACCACUCCCACCACCACCACCACGAAACCUCCAAAAAAGCCAAAGAUCACCUACUCGGUCGAAGACGAACCGAAACUGCUCCAGGCGGCCAAACCCGGUUACGGUACAACGUACGAUCCGGUCGACAGUAGCGGGCGGCUUCGCGUCGACGAACCGCUCGCCCAAUUCUCCAAGGAGUUUCUCGGCGGUGUCGGUGGUCCCGGUGCGCCGCCGAACUCGCGCCGGGAGUACAUCGUCCCGAUCGUGACGCUGAUCUUCGCCAUACCGUUGCUGCUGGGGCUGUUUCUGCUGUCCUACCGGCGUGCCAAGGAGUUCUGGCUGACGCGCCACUACCGACGGAUGGAUUUUCUUAUCGACGGCAUGUACAACUACUGAGCGGACUGCCGUUUGGCCGACUGCCUGCUUCCUUCCAAUUGGAUCGUUCAUUCGAAAGCGAUAAAGUGCCUUCUUACCUCACACCCGG